GUCGGCCACCGCAGGACCUCCUCUUUCACCCAAGAGAACAGAGGGUCCUUCGCCUGGUCUCGACAUUGGUAUGUCUUGUUACCUCCUUGCAGAUUGAUGCAGUAAUGUGUUCCAGGUUUGAGUCUGUUCUCGUCUAACUCCCACAGUUCAGUGUAAAUUUUACUCAGCCCUCGGUCUGCAGAGAAGCCCCUGUCGCCUUUGUUCUUGAUUCCGAAACCCGCCAUAUCCCCGCACACCGAGCGCCGUGUCAGUCAACCCUACUGUAUAAUUUUGCGCAUGCGCAGCAGCGGGGCCCAGCUGAGAGCAAAGCACUUUUUUGGGUUACCACUUUUUUGUGGAUGCUUAUAGUGCCGCGACUUCUGUUGACCAGAAGCUGCAUACGCCGCCUUCACUCCACUGUACGGACUGCCAUGGCUCUGCGCUUCGACGGACGAGUAGCUCUAGUCACCGGAGCUGGAGGAGGGCUGGGGAAGGAGUAUGCGCUGCUGCUGGCCAACAGGGGAGCCAAGGUUGUCGUGAACGAUCUGGGAGGGACUUGGACAGGGGAGGGGAAGAGUUCCAAAGCUGCUGAUGAGGUCGUUUCUCUCAUCAGAGCCAACGGCGGUACUGCAGUAGCCAACUAUGAUUCAGUGGAGGACGGAGACAAGGUGGUGAAGACAGCCAUUGACAAUUUUGGAAGAAUAGAUAUUUUGAUCAACAAUGCCGGUAUUUUGAGGGACCGUAGUCUGCUCAAAAUGACAGAGAAGGAUUGGGAUCUGGUACACGCUGUUCAUAUGAGAGGGGCUUUCAUGGUCACCAGAGCUGCUCUUCUGUACAUGAGGAAACAGGACUACGGCAGAGUUGUGGUGACAUCAUCGACUUCGGGGCUCUAUGGGAGCUUUGGACAGAUCAACUAUUCCGCAGCCAAGAUGGGUCUCGUGGGAUUCUCACACACACUGGCAAUGGAGGGGGAAAAGUACAAUAUUCUCUCCAAUGUAAUAGUCCCAAUUGCCUACUCAAGAAUGUCUGCAACCGUCAUGGCUCCUGAGAUGGGGGAGAUUAUGAAGCCAGUGUAUGUAGCUCCAAUUGUUGCCUACCUUUGCCACGAGGACUGCACUGACACUGGAGGAGUCUUUGAGUGUGCUGGGGGCUGGGCCGGGAAAGUUCGUUUGCAGCAAUCGCAGGGAACAACCUUCAAUAACCCCAUCACCAUCGAGCAAGUGAGGGACAAAUGGGACGAGGUGUGCGACUGGACAAGAGUCACUCACCACAGGACAGCUGCAGAGGUUGGAGCAAUGGUUGUAGAGAAGGUUUCCGAUAAAGGAGAUGAGUCAGACAGUGAAGAAGUGUCUGUUUCGUACACCUUUACCAGUAGAGACAUUAUUCUCUAUGCUCUGGGAGUUGGUGCAGAGAUUUCGCAGACUGACACGUCGGAGCUCAAGUUUCUGUUUGAAGGCCACGAGGAUUUCUCCGCCAUUCCUUCCUACGCUGUCCUCCCGGCCAUGAACAGUGCUCUAAAUGGAGUGAUGGCUAGGGGAAUACCUGGGGUCAAGGAAUUCAGCCUCGCCAAUGCUCUACAUGGAGAGCAGUAUGUGGAGCUAAGGAAACCCUUUCCUACAGAAGGUACUGUGACAUGUGUGGGGAGACUGGUGGAUGUGUUGGACAAGAAGUCUGGAGCAGUCAUUAUAGUCGACAUUGAGACUAUGGACGAGGCUGGAGACCUGCUGUCCAUCAACCAAUUCACCACAUUCAUAGUCGGUGCAGGUGGCUUCGGAGGCAAACGCUCCUCACAACAUGCCAAGCCCACAGUACCGGCUCCGUCUCGAGCUCCGGACGCCUCUCUGAGGCACAAGACUCUGCCCAUCCAGGCCGCCCUCUACCGCCUCAGUGGAGACUACAACCCUCUGCACAUCGACGCAGACUUUGCCAAGAUUGGAGGUUUUUCGACUCCCAUACUCCACGGGCUCUGCUCCUACGGAAUUGCCACACGUCACAUAAUGAGGCAGUACUGCAACAACGAUGCCACAAUGGUCAAGGCCAUCAAGACGAGGUUCGUGAAGCCUGUUCUUCCAGGAGAGACCAUACAGACUGACAUGUGGAGAGAAGGCAGCCGCAUUCACUUCAAGUGCAGGUCAGUUGAGAGUGGCAAUGUUGUACUGGAUGGAGGUUACAUUGACCUGGAUCCUGCCAAGCUGGCCAGCAUAUCCACUUCCUCUGCACCGCCAGAGGGGGACGCAGGUCUAAAGUCUUCGUCUGUCUUUGAAGAGCUGAAGCAACACGUGGCGUCCACACCAGACAUUGUGCGGAAAGUGAAGGCCGUCUUUCUCUGGAACAUCACCAAGGCCGGGAAACGUGUUGCACAAUGGACUGUGGACCUCAAGAAUGCUCCAGGGGCAGUCUAUUAUGGAGAGCCGAGGGGAGAGAAAGCAGGUUGUACCCUCACUCUCUCUGACGACAACUUUAUGGGACUAGUCAGCGGAGAACUAAAGGCCCAACAGCUGUUCAUGCAGGGGAAACUAAAGUUGAGUGGGAACAUAAUGUUGAGCCAGAAAUUGCAAGGUCUAUUUGAAGCUCGCUCUAAACUGUGAUGGACAACCUCAGCAUACUGCCACACGGCUAGCUAUGGAAGAGGAUACGGUGUAUGAUUUUCUAUAACGAAAACAUUGCGCAAGCGCAUGGUACAUCCGCCAUCGCAUCAUCCCGCCCUCACACAAAGAGGUGUGUGGUCGUUCCUGGCUAUAUUAGUCGCGUCGUCGCGUCGUCAGCAGCACGGCUCAGUCGCUAUGCCUCCCAACUUGCGCAUUGGUCUCGUCCAGAGUGCUCCCAACCAGCCCUACUACCCAGGUAGCACCAUCACUGGGAGCUUGCUGCUGGACGUGGACCAACCCGAGAGCUACAAACAGAUUCUUAUCCAGUUCAGCGGAAGGUCUUACGUCCACUGGACCGAGUCCCGCACGGAAGGAACCGGAGAUAACCAGCGGACAGUAACGUACACCUACAGCUCUACUGAGCCGUACGUGGACCUGGUAGCGCCUCUGUGGAACAGUCAGCAGAGUCCAGAUGGAAAACUCCCUCCAGGUCAGUACAACUGGCCCUUCAGCUUCAACAUCCCACCAACAGCACCAUCUUCCUUUGAGGGAAGCGUCGGCAACAUUCGCUACUCUCUCGUGGGGAAAAUCGUCACGGGGCUGCUGAAAUUCAACCACUCUGUAGAGCUUCGCAUUCCUGUGCAGCAGCUCGUGAAAAUCACCGACCCGCGUCUGCUUCAACCAGUGCGUCAAGAAGUCCAAAAGAGGAUUUGCUGUCUCUGCUGUGCUUCUGGGCCCAUUGUGCUGACAGUAGCCGUCCCUAAGACUGGGUUCUGCAUUGGAGAGCCGUUCCAGCUACACACUUCCCUGGAGAAUGGAAGCAGCCGUAGGUUGACCAUAAAUGCUACCAUCACACAGCGUGUCGUUUACUACGCUCAAGGACACACAAACUGGGGUGGGAAGACAUUGCUGAACAUAGCCAGCGAUGAGAUUGCACCUCAUGACACUCGAAACUGGGAUCCAACCAUCACAAUCCCGACAAACGACGUUGAAAUUAUUCACGAAACUUCCUGCAGAAACAUCGGUGUUACCUACACGCUUCACGUCACCUGUCAAGUACCACGUGCUUUCGACCUUAGCAUACCCAUUCCCGUACAACUUGGCAACUGUCGAGACGAUCAAACUACAGUAGCAGCCUCUCCUCCCCAACCUGGUCCACCCCAGGCUGCAUAUCCCCCACCUCGAGAGCCUGGUCUCAUUGCUCCAAACCAACCACCAGGGGUCUACCCCGCCUCCAGCCAACGUAGCACCACCGCCAUAUGUUGGAGCUGCAGUUGGACCACAGGCUGGCUCUGACAUUGGGUGGUCUGCUCAGCCUAUGUCUGAUUUCCCUCCGUCGCAACCUGGAGAGCGGCUCACAGAUUUCCCAGCUCAACAGAUCGAAAAAGAUCUCAUGUACUAGAGGAAUAAACAAGAAGUUGUGUACUUUAUAUUAGUGUAAGUGAACUUUGUAGAAGAAAAAACAUUGUUUAACCUGCGUGCAAACAAGCUCUUGCAUUGCGUGAUGAAAGAUCAUUGAAGAACAAAACUAUCACAAGACCGCUGAAUGAUUUGCGGCGGGUCAUAGAGUGCGCGCGAGUACGUAGAUAUAGACAGCGUGGUGUUUGCCAUCAUGCCGGACUUGCGCAUCGCUCUCGUCCAGCAGACGGGAAGCCAGGUUUACUACUCAGGCACGACCAUCGCCGGCAACGUCCUGCUGAGCGUGGACGAGCCCAAGAGCUACAAACGAAUCCUGGUUCAGUUCUCUGGACGGUCCUACGUUCACUGGACGGAGAGACGCAGAGAAGGCCAUGGCGGGCACGGAGGCAGCGGGCGUCGUAACAGCGGGCACCACGAUAAUCAGGUGACGCGCUCGUUCACCUCCUCUGAGACCUACGCCGACCUGGAAGCCACCGUGUGGGACAUCCAGCAGUCGCCCGAAGGGAAACUGGGGGCAGGUCAGCACAGCUGGCCGUUUAGGUUCGACGUUCCGCCCACGACCCCGUCUUCUUUCGAGGGGAGCGUUGGCCACAUUCGCUACUCCCUCAAGGCAAAGAUCGUCACUGGUCUACUGAAAUUCGACCACAACGUUGAAGUCCCGGUUCCUGUACAGCAGCUGGUGAAGAUCUCUGACCCGCGCCUUCUUCAGCCACAGCGUCAAGAGGUUCAGAAGACUAUUUGCUGUCUGUGCUGUGCUUCGGGGCCAAUCGUACUGACAGUAGCUGUCCCCAAGACUGGGUUCCUUCUCGGGGAGUCGUUUCAACUAAAUGCCUCUCUAGAGAACGGGAGCAGUCGCCAGUUGACAAUUUCAGCCAACAUCGUGGAAAAUGCCACCUACUAUGCCCAGGGACACCACUGUCGCAGUGGGAAGACCCUCGCUAGCGUCGGAAGCGAUGAGAUAGAUCCCCAGACGACAAAGAAUUGGGAUCCAACCAUCCAAAUCCCAGCAACAACAGACGUAGCCAUCAUCCUCGAGAGCUCCUGCAGGAACAUCCACGUCGUCUACUCACUCAACGUCACCUGCCAAAUUCCCGGGGCAAUCGAUCUCUCCACUUCCUUUCCACUCGCCCUCGGGAACUGUCAAGACCAGGGUCAGAGUACAGCUGCCGCUGCGUUCCCGCCAACACUCCAGCCCGGCCCACCCCAAAUGGGCUCAGCAGCUUACCCCCCGCCCGCUGGCUCCACUAACAUCGGGUGGAGCUCAGAGCCCGGGUCCAGCUACCCACCGCCUAACCCAGCAAACGAGAAGACCCCUCUGAUUAGGAAAUAGAAAUUUUCAGAGGUUGGAACUGUACAUUAUAGUCACCAUUGUAAUUGGACUCUAAGGAACACACGGCUUUUGCCAAGUAUUGAUACAUUGUACAUGCAUGUAACCUAUAGCCAUGUGGCUAAUGUAUGCAUCAGUGAGAGUGCAAAAAUGUGCGAAGGUCAUGCUCUGUGGCAACCAAUGCCUGCAUUUCCUGUUUGGGAAAGAUACACGACAGCUGUUGUGUGCACACAUAGGGAGAAAGUAUGUCAUCUCUUUAC